GCAAUUAGAUGAACAAUCAGUCCCUGGACUCCGCUUUCAUUAGCAACUCUUCUUUUUUUUACCUGAAAAAAAACUUCAUAGCAUCAUGCCGCUAGGUUUAUUUGGAAACAAAUUCUCGCCAAAAAAAACUCCACCAAGACGUGCACAGUCAUUGUCAAAUCUUCAGUUGGAUGCAACUGAAUCAAAAGCAGAGUUUGGUCUAGAUUAUGGUGCAGUAAAAGUCAGUCUUGGUGGCCAUGAAGUUGCAUUUGAAAAUGGUCUUUGGAUAAAUGAAACAGCUGGAGGUGGUUCUAGCCACAAGGAAGUUAUGAAACUAAGAAAAGCCAAUCAAACAUUGCAUGAAGAAAACAACUUAUUGAAACUUAAGAUUGACAUCCUGUUAGACAUGCUUGCAGAAACAUCAGCAGUUUCACACUUUCAUGAGAAUGAACUCAAACAGUUGAGAGAAACAAAAUUGUCUAAGAAACGCUGAUUUGGUUGUCUAUUUUUUCCUAGCUUUUGUGAGAUAUCUAAGAGAUGUAUACAUGGACGAUUUGUUUGAAAAUUACUGAUAUAUUUAUAAAAUCUAUUAACUUAAAUGACAGUAUAAAGUUGUUUAAAAAUAUUUAGAUGGCGUAAUCUUUAAAGUUUAAUACCACAUUA